AUGGUAGAAGAUCGUUUAAAGCAUAACAGACCUUUGGAAAAUGAAACUUAUGAAAUUAAGGAGUCGACUAAUAAUGAAUCUCACAAUCAUGAGGAGUCGAACGGGGAGGCACACUCUGACCAUAAAGAAGUUAAGAAAUCUGAUAACAAAGGAUGUAGUUACAAAUCCUUCACUAGCACCCAUCCUUCUAUUUUCGAGGGGAAAAAUGGUCCUUUAGCAGCUAUGAACUGGUUAGACGAGAUAGAAAGUUGUUUCCUGACUUGUCAUUGUGCACCUAGUGACAUGGCACAAUUUGCAUCAACUAUGUUUAAGUCAAAUGCACUACAUUGGUGGAAAUCAGUUCGUGCCACUAGGGGAUUGGCAAACACCGCAUCUCUCUCUUGGGAUGAGUUUAAGGGAUUAAUGAUUGAGAGGUAUUCCUCUCCACUCCAGAUGAGGAUAUUAGAAAGUGAGUUUUUACGUUUAGAGCAAGAAAGUAUGACUGUAGAGAAAUAUGUAGAGACUUUUAUAGAGAAAUCUCGAUUUGCUGAACAUCAAGUCGGUCCCGAGAAGAGAAAGGUAGAUCAAUUUGUUGAUGGACUAAAAAGGGACAUUAGGAGAUUCGUGGGAAUGUCAAAACCUAAGACUUUCCAAGAGGCGGUUGAACUUGCCACCCUUGCUGAAAAGGAUAGUUAUGUCCCAGAUGCCUCUAAUAAGAUAUUGAAGAGGAAAGCUGUCAACGUUAACGAUUGUGGGAAACCUGGUCAUAUGUCAAAGGAAUGCAAAACAAGAUUUACUUGUUAUUCUUGUGGGACUGUCGGACAUCGCUCCAAUGAGUGUCCCAAAAAGGAUCUUAUGCAACCGAAGUUGCUCGAAGGACCGAACGACAAGAAGCCCGAGGUGCCUAAAACCAAAGGACGAGUUAUCCAAAUGAUUGCUGAAGAGGCAUAG